GUACAUAUUUCCCACAAUGCCUCAGUGGGCUUUGUGUCAUGGGAGACUCGUCAUGAUCGGGCGAGAAGAAGGGAGAGACAUGGAAUAGAAAAAAUGUAGAAGUCUACACUCAAUUCCUAAUCAAAACCUGAAGAAAGAUGGCAAAAAUGGCGAGUGCCCUGAGUUCUAAGACGUCUGAAUUUAUAGUAGGUCAAAACAAAUAUCGUCUAGUCCGGAAAAUAGGAAGUGGAUCGUUUGGGGAUAUAUAUCUUGCCAUUCACCAAUCAAACGGAGAGGAGGUUGCUGUCAAACUAGAAUCGGUGAAAGCGAAACACCCACAGUUGUUAUACGAAAGUAAACUGUAUAAAAUUUUACAAGGAGGUGUUGGAAUACCUCAUAUAAGAUGGUGGGGUUCCGAGCAGAGUUACAAUAUAUUAAUUAUGGACCUUUUAGGGCCAAGUCUGGAGGAUCUCUUCAAUUUCUGCUCCAGGAAAUUUAGCAUGAAGACUGUUCUCAUGCUAGCAGAUCAGAUGAUAAACAGGAUUGAAUACGUCCACAACAAAAACUUCAUCCACAGGGAUAUCAAGCCAGACAACUUCUUAAUGGGAAUAGGUCGUCACUGCAACAAGGUGUUCCUAAUAGACUUCGGGCUGGCCAAAAAAUAUCGUGACAGUCGUACCAGACAGCACAUUCCUUACAGAGAGGACAAGAAUCUCACGGGCACGGCCCGUUACGCUAGCAUAAAUGCACACCUUGGCAUUGAGCAGAGUCGCCGAGACGAUAUGGAAUCCCUCGGAUACGUACUCAUGUAUUUCAACAGGUCAAGUCUUCCUUGGCAGGGAUUAAAGGCCAACACAAAGAAACAGAAGUAUGAAAAAAUUAGUGAAAAGAAGAUGUCAACACCUGUUGAAGUUUUAUGCAAAGGUUUUCCAGCGGAGUUUGCCAUGUACCUGAACUAUUGCCGAGGACUGCGGUUUGAGGAGGCUCCUGAUUACAUGUACCUGCGACAACUUUUCAGGAUUCUGUUCAGGACACUAAACUACCAGUACGACUACACAUUUGAUUGGACAUUACUCAAACAGAAGGCGGCAGCUGGAGCCGUGGCCGGGGUUGGCUCAUCACAGCUCGCCACUGGCGUGAAGACAGGAAAGUGAGAGCUGACACGCUACACGAGACUGUGACUGACAAAAACACAUAGAGACACACAAGUAUGGACUAAUAUUGGAAAACAACUGCCAGUGUGCAUUGUGAAAUCCUCAGAUGUGAAUAUUUGGACUGAGGGUUCACAUGACCACAUACGACCCAGAUUCACAGGGAACAUGGGAAUCAGUUGUGCGUGUUAUUGUAACAUGUGAAAUCAAUACACUAUGACAAGGUUUCACAUUCGCAGUAUGAACAUGUGAAAAAAGUUUUUCUAAUGUGAAAACGGUUAACAUUUCAUGCUUUUUAUUUUCAUGAUUCACACUUUUUAGGGAGGAUUCACAUUUUGUUUUGUGUGAAUCAGGUUCACAUACACUGUAUAAUUUGUGUCAACUUUUUAUGUGAAGUUCAUUCACAUUUGCAUGAUGUUGUUCUUUUUCAUGAUACCCUUUGCGAUUAAUUCUGGUUUUACGUUUUACGUUCUUGCUGUACAUGGGGGUCAUGUGCACAUUCCACAGAUCAUAAUUUAAUGUGUUGACGUGUGUUAUUCAAAUGGGUUGCCGACAAGUUAUGAUUUAAAUACUUAUUUUCAAAAAGUGAUACGUCAUUUUCUGUUAAAGUGAUAGUUCAUACCAGUAUAUUCAGUUCUAAUGUUGCAAAACAUUUUUUUUUUUUUACAUGGCUCAUAAAAUUCAGGGUGUAGAGAAAUUGAGAUUUUAUUUGGUGUUUAAUGAUAUAGAGAAAUCUUAUGGAUCUUUUUUCGUGUGAUUUGUACUGUUCAAAGCUGUUUAUAUAAUCACAUCUCUGGUUUUCUACUUUCGUGUGUUGGAUAAUUAAGAUUAUAGCUAUGUCAAAUUAUCUAUUAAGAAUAUCUCCCAAUACAAUCUUUCAUAUAAUCUUUCAUACUAAAGUCAUUAGGUGUUUAUGAUAAGGUUUUCAACAAAAGAGAAAUAAGUUGUAAAUGACAUUAAAUUUAAGCUUAGCUUUUUUAUAUAUGGUAAUGAUGUGUCAUUUGUGUGUGAAAAUCAAAGCAAGCUUGAUAUAAGGAUCACUGACAGUGCCAUCGCAAUUACUAGUUUGAGUUUAAAAAGAAAUCUGAAAAUCAACAUGGCUGCCAGCAGCCAUCUUGGAUUUUGUGAUAAAUCAAAUGGCUCCUGAUUGGAAACUGUUGAGUUGAAUAAGUUUUAAAAUUGCUGACUAAAUGACAGAUAGUGCACUGUUUAAAUUAAAAACAGAAAUUAAUGGAAUAUGGUACAUCUCAUCCAAAUAUUUCUUGUCAUAAUUGACAAUGCGAUCUAUUCCUGUCUGAGUUACUUGGCAUGUGUGUUUGUUUAGCAAGUGUAAAUGUAAACCUUGUAUCCACAAUAUCAAAUCGUUUUUAACUAGUACUGUUAUUAUCACAAUCAAUUCCCAAAGAUGUUGACAUUUUAGAUGGUGUCCUUUCAGGGUUGUGGUAAUUUUGUCAGGCAAAACAGAUAGAUACAAUUCAUAUCGCCAAAAAAAAAGAAGCAACAUCUUAAAUAUAUGAAUGGUUAUCUAGAUGUCAUUAAAGAAAGUUUAAAUAUUUUACACACAUGCUACAUACGGACAGCUUAUUUUUUUCCCAUUAGAUCCAACCCGACUACAACUAAUGGAAGGGAGAUAACUCGAGUUAGAAGAGGCGUGGCAUUCAUUAUUUUAACUUCAGUUAGAAGAGGCCUGACAUUCAUUAUUAGAACUAUUAAACGUACCAUUUUUGGAUUUGAAUCAUAAAAAAAGAUCUGAUCUAAUAUUGAUAUUGAUAUCAAUGUUAUUUUCAUUGUAAAUAUACAGAUUUUGUUAUUAUAUCCUUCUCCCAACCCUAGACAGUGUAUGUGUGUUUGUGAGAGUUGAUAUUGUAUAUUAUUUUAUCUUUAAAGCACAGAUAUGUGCUUUCAUACCUAUUACAAUGGGGCAUUGUAUGUUCCAGCACUUCAAUUAAUGGUAGAAUGAUAAAUUUUGAUAAAAUUAACAUAGACUUAUGAUUUUUUUCCCCUAAAACUUUUUCUCCAUUUGGAUUUUUCCCCCCAUCUUUUUGCAGUAUGAUAGAAGUUCUGAAAAUUCUAUUUAUACCACAAGUAAAAAAAUCUAUGAAGAUAAACAUACAGUGAAAUCUUAUACAAUCACCUUAGCAGACAUCCUGUAUUAAGAGACCACUUGCAUCAGGACACCAUGUUUUGGACUGUCUGAGGAUGGUCUCGAAAUACGGUUUAGAUUGUACUAAUUAACAGACCUAAAUCGGGCCCAUAAUAUGUAACUGCAUUCUGAUGACUAAUACUUGUAAUGAAAAGCAGGGAGAACCCUGUUUUGAAUGUUUCGCUACCUUCAAUUGAUAAGUUACAAUCAAAUCAUCCCAUCUCCAACAACGUCUUGUAAACAGAGUUUUGUCCUACAAACCUUGAUAGUUCAACAUUUAUUUGUUAUUUUUUUUAUUAAUUUUUAUUGGAAACACUAUAUAAAAAAACAACAACAGUCUAAUAAUAAUAAGUUAAUGCUGAAGACAGAUGAUUGCAAUUUUUUCUUUCAAUAAAAUGUAUUUCAAUUGCUAAACAUUAAAAUCAGGAUUAAAAUUGCUUACCUCAUUGGUCGUUCGUUAGACAUGAAACUUCAGAUUGAUUGGAAAUUGUAGAAAUAUGCAACUGUAAAAUCAAUUAUCACAUAAAUUAAACUCCAAAUGAUAUUACAAGUAUGAUUUAUAGCCUUCUCAUAAUUGUACUUACAAAGUGGUGCACUUAUUCAGGUUUUUGUGCUGAGUGACGUAUGUGUAGUGUAAAGUGUAUGUUUGUAUUUUGAUCUCAGUUUCGUUUCUUCAUGAUAUUAAUCCAUGCGAGUAUAAAACAGUGCCGGCUGACUUGUGAAAAUUGUUUAAAAGAUGUUGAUGCUAAUUCAAGGAAUGAUUUGUCUGGAAUUCAAUCAUUUUUCUUUCUUCUGCAAAGUAUAUUUGCAUAACUGUUUUCCAGAAUGGCUGUAUUUUACUUGCAACUGACCGAAGUGGCUUUGUUCUUGUGCAAGUGGUAAGGACUUAACCAUGUACACAGAACCAAUUUUACCAGAAAUGACCUACGGUAUACUUAUAAAAUUGUUUUCAAUCCCUUUCCAAGAAUGGGGUGCGCUUUUUAGCAGAAAGGAAGUAUCUUACUGUUAUACCAUAUCCCUUUCACUCGUCUAUGUUGAAAGAGUUAUUACGCUUAUUUCCUCUGACACUAAAUACUAGUAAAAUAAGGUUUUACAACUGUUCUUAAAAUACUGCAUCCUUCAUAGGAAUACCAAUAUUCACUAGUACAAUUAAACCUUCAUGGACGAGUACCUGUCUUUAAGGACAUCUUUUAAGCAUACACUAGUUUUAUUGACACGUUUCAUACUUGCCUACUUUUUGAAAUUUUCCAUAGGCAUAAGGCAUACUCAAAAUUAAAAAAAUUAGUGUGUGUGUAAAAUGUGUGUAUACCUCUCGGGUGAAAAAUAACACUUUAAAAUGGCAUCUUUUGAACUAUACACUCAUAUGAAAUCAUAAGAUUUAAGAAAAUAAGAAAAGUUUAACAGUUCACUAGUUGAAAAUGUUAAAUUGUAGGGUUCAAAAUGGGAGUUUCCCCCCGAAAUAGGGAGAGUUGGCAAGUUAUCGAGUCCUAGACCGGGUCAAUAAAGUAAGGCUCACUGUAUAGGUUGUCAUUUACCCUGUUUAUUCAUGCAUCUUUAAAUAUUUUUGAAUUAAAUGUUACAUGGUUUGGAAAACUGAUUUGGUAGGGCAUUAAUGAAGCACAAUUAGUUUUAUGAUCAAUUUUAAGUAUAUUUUUUUUUUAUAGAUUAUAAAAAAAAAAUUAAAAAAAAUUACAUGUGAUAAUCAAAAUGACAUAUAGAGUAAGGUUAAGAAAAUCACACGUCUACCUGGAAUACCAUGUCUUUGCUGGAAAUUAUUUCUGAUCAUGAGGCUUCAUUCACGGCGGCAAAACAAAAAAAGUCAAGCAAUUAAAGCUCAAAAUACUUCCAAAGGAUUCGAUACAGUUUUAUUAGAUACAUGCUAUUUAUUUCAAGACAAAUAUCAACUAUUCACCAAAUUUAUUUUCAGGGUAUGACCUAGAAACUUGACAUGUUGUGUCAAAAAAUGAUUUAAACAAUCAAACCUGCUCAUGCCAUAAACCUCUGUUAAGAGACUUCAUCUAAUACCAAACUUCUGUACAGAUCAAAAGAGUUCCACAGGAGAAAAUUAUUAUAUAUUUUUUUCAGAUGAAAUGUUUUUGAAAUUAUUCAAGGUGUAACUUAACUGAAUCGAAAUGUCAUAACAAAGAAUUCAUCAAGUCCAAGACAAAGACACACACAUUGCAACGUCAAAUAGAAAUUGACUUAAAAUUCUUAUACAAUGAAUUGCACGUCUGGUUCGAGGUUCAUUCAACUCUAUAUAGGCUUUAAGACGCAUCAUAUACGAUUACCCUUAUAGGGUAUGGAAACACUAGAACAAAAUGAUGCGCUCAUUUAUGUUUGCCUCUCAGAAUUUAGUUCAUAUUCAUGGGCGGUACAGGGACCCGCAGAGUAGUUUUUGUUGAUUUAGUCAAAACUUCCUCUGAGAAAGACUACGCCAGGAGACUUUCAGCAUAUCAUAAUUCAUUUGCAUACUUUCUUUAUGGAGAAAAAUAUUCAAAAUCGUGGUGAUCAUCAUAACAUGAAUUUAUAAAGGAAAACUCCAUCUGUUCAAGCUUAAACAAAUAUUUUGCAUAGGUAUUUUUUCCCCUUCAUGGCUGAAAGAGAAAACGAUAAUGAGAGUGUUCUCCCUUAUAAAUGACGUGCAUGAAAGUAUGUUCUAUUGGUGUGUAAUUCAGCUUUUUUACAAAAAGAUAUAUAUACCCAAUAACUUUCUUUGACAUUUAAACAUCUCGCUGUAUACAUAUAUAUAUAUAUAUAUCUCUCUCAUGAACUAACAACAUUCAUAUUUCAAAAUUUAGAAUUCGUAAUUUAAGCAAUACAUUUUUCCUGAUGAUUGAAUAAUAGCAUGUACAUACAUCUAGAUUCUAUAGACAAUAACAUCCAUACCAGUUUUAAAAUAUGACUACUUUCACUUGUAUUGAAAAUCAUUUGAAAUUGGAAAUCACUUGAAACUGGUAUGUAUGCAUAGUUGUGACCAGACUGGGAUAGAUUAUCCUAUGUAGUCCAAGUAAUAUUUGGAAUUUUAAUAUUUUGAUCUUUACGUUACAAUGAUCAUGUAUAGACAUGAAUUAACAUGUGUUGUAUGAAGACUUGUUGUAAAUGAUUUAUUCGUGUAAGUGGUAAUUCAAGUGACGUUUUCUGUAAAUUUCAAUUUUUAUUUUAACUGUUCUCUAGUAGAGGUUUGUGGAAGCGUUUUAAAAUCACGACAAAAUUUUUAAAAUUUAUGAAAUGUUUUUAAGUAGAGACAUAGUACUUUAACAAUUUUACACAGGGACGUUGAUUGUUCCGAAAAAAGAACGUAAACUGUAAAUAAUGUAUAUACCUGUAUCAUCUAUUUAAAAUUGCAUUUACCAUCUCUGUAUCAUAUUAUGUAUGAACUAUUUGGUCCAACAGAUUCAAAAUGUAAAUAUCUUCUGUGUGCUUUAACGGUUAUCUAAAUUAUCCAAAACUUGACUCAUAAUUUUGAAAUGAUUGAAUUUUUAUUUUUUCCAAGUUUGUGCUUUGUGUUUGAAAGUAUACUUGCUGUGCUUAUUCAGAAGGAUAGGACAAGGUUGGGUAGUAGUGUUGCUAAACAUAAUGUUCAUGGUAAAUUAUAAGUAACGACGUUUAUUUCCACAAAAUUAUGUUACCUAUGAUGUCUUUGGUAUGAAUUUAACAGUUAAAUUAAAGAUUAAUCAUACAAUAA